GCCCCUUUACUAAAGAAGGAAACAAACAGUGAAAGAGGGGAGAGCUCAGGGGAAGACGGGAGAGGAAUUUACUUAUUUACAUCACCGACAGAACCUCGGGAGGAAGACAAACUCCUUUUCGAAGAGUUCCUGUUCCUUAACCGACAUUCAUCGACCGAUUAGGUUUUAAAAGCCUUCAAGCAAUGGCCCAAGAGACAAACCAGAGUCCCAUGCCUAUACUAUGUACCACAGGCUGUGGUUUCUAUGGCAACCCCAGGACCAAUGGCAUGUGCUCAGUGUGCUAUAAGGAGCACCUGAACAGACAGCAAAGCAGCGAUCGUAGUCCCAUGAGCCCCCUGGCUGGCAGCCCCUCAGCAGAGGCCUCUGCCAUACAGAGACUAGAAGCCAGCAUAAACAAAGCAGAGCCUUCACCUGCACCCAGCACAGAUACCAUGAGAGAAAGCAUUCCUUCCACCUCCUUACCAGUCACACAACAGAUGACGGAAAUGAGCAUCUCUAGAAAAGAAAAGGCCCUGUCUCCGAAAGCUGAGUCUGCUGAACCAGUCAUAACACAGCCCACCUCCUCUUACUCCCCCAUCCCUGUGGCUCAGGGCAGCGACGAGGGCAAGAGCCCAGAUUCCUCCAAACCUAAGAAAAAUAGAUGCUUUACCUGCCGUAAAAGGGUCGGUUUAACAGGUUUCAACUGUCGAUGUGGUAAUCUGUUCUGUGGAAUUCAUCGGUACUCAGACAAGCACAACUGCACGUACGACUACAAGGCGGAAGCCGCUGCUAAGAUCCGUAAGGAGAAUCCCGUAGUGGUGGCCGAUAAGAUCCAGAGAAUAUAAGCUUUACCCUCUUUCUCCGAGAACACUGGUGGAUAAAAUGGACGACUUGAAAAACGGACUUGUGUUUUUCUAUCACCUUAAGAAGAAAACGAGAGAACUGUACCGUCUGAGGCUCAUGCAUGAACAAUCUUGACAGAUUUUGGUUUUCUAAUAGGUAUUAAUUUCUUUCCGUUUUGUUUCCUUUUCUCUCUGUGGUCUUUUAUGCUUGGUAUUCUUGCAUAUUCUUUUGUUUCCUAAAGCAUAGGACACCUUUCAGGAAAUUUGAGCUUUUAUUAUUGUUUUUUGAUUUGCCUGUUCCCGCCCUCAAGCAAUGGGAGUGGCAGAUACUCUGUGCCAAAACGUGGCCGUGUAGUUUCUGAGUAAGUAGUGUUCAGCUUUUGACUUGUGACGCCAGAUUUUUAAGAGGUGUGUCAAAGCUCUACUCGAUGAUGUGUGCAGCAUGUAUUGAUCUGUUAAACUGCAGUUUGUCAUUACAGUCUGUUCUAGCAAAUCAGUUGGAAUGUGAGGCCGCCCAGUCGUUAAAACCAUUUAUUUAGCAUUAUUUUAGAAUGUGAACUUGCUACUGUGACAUCAUGUUUUUGAAUGAAAGGUUGAGAUUCAUCAGAAGACGUGGAACAGUUCAUCAACUCUUUUCCCACAUUCUAGAACCAAUAACCUUUAGAGUUAAACCGCAUUUUAGAGUGUCAGAUGUCUGGGAGUUUUAUUUUUUUGUUAAUUAUUGUGUGACUUUUUGAUAAGACUGUAAGGUGGUACAGUCUGUUUCCGUGUGAGCAUAUUUGUGCGCACUGGGGAAAUUUGCGCACAAGACCUUCUUCCUGUUGUCGAAGCGAGAUGAGCUAACUCUACUUAGACAGCGCAUUCAUAACACCGCAAUAGUGUACACAUAAAUCAGACCUGAGUCUGUGAAACAUUGCUCUUCUUGUUUGUUUUAAAAUGCACCUACAAUGCACCUGUCAUUUUUGUGUGUCGGCAUUAAUGUAAGCGAGUCCGAGUGCAUGUAUUGUGUAUACAAACGUCUUUUCUUCUGUAAGGAGUGAGGUUUCCUUAUAAAAAAAAAAAAAAGAUGUAUCUGUUGAGAGUAUGUAUCUGUUUGAUUUCAGCCUUUAGUUAUAUGCAAAUUUGUAUGGAAAAAAAACUCCUUACUAUGUUCAUAUUUAUGUAUUGCAUUUAAUCCUUUUACCUGGCAUUAAAGAAAAAAGUAUUGUAAAUAAAAAUAUACAGAGAAAAUA